AUGAUCAGAGGCAUGCCAAAGAAGAAGUCGCAUGCAGAUCGCACUGCUGCCUCCUUGUCAUCGAAUGCCGCUGCUUGGAAAAAGUCGCAGGCAAAACUCCCUGGCACUCGUGUCGCCAAUGGACACGCGAUACCGUCGAGGAGCCAAACAAAUGCACCUGCUCCUCGCGUCCAACACCCGUCUCUGAGUCCCGCCGACUCGUUUACAAGUCAGGCCCCCUCUGCCCCGCUCGACUCACAACCGCUCACGCACUAUUUUGAGCAGUUGCGGGUCUCGGCACAGCAGCAUCCCCAGAAUCCGGCGCAUGAACUCGUAGCGUACAACGCAAAGCAGCAGCCAAGUGCCGCGAGGCUCAACGAACAGUACGAUCCGGACUCGCCUUGGUCCUUUCGCUUCCCAUCGCUGCCGGCCAAUCUGACCGAUAACGGCUUCCACUGCCGCCAACGUGCAGCACAAUUCAUCCUUCUCUACAGUCAAUGGGCAAGCCGAGAACAGCUGACCAGAUGCAAUCGUCUUUCCCUUUCCAUGGGUCUCUCUCUUUCCAAUGGUCGAGACGUAGGCCAUGCUUCCAGAAUUGGUGAUGGUACCAAACACGGAACUGUCGGUCAAGAUGCGGAUCAACAAGCCUCCCGGGUUUCUAUGCUCGAUGACAACGAGAGCCUUCAAUCCCAUCACAACGCAAACGCCGCUUCUGACAACGACAGCGAGUACCUCGAUUUUGAUUCCUGUCGCACGGCUCAUCUUGGCAACAAGAAGAAGCGCAAGAGCACUCGCCGUAACAGUUCGGCGCCUCAUUCCACCAGCAACGCUGACCAAAGUGUGCACAGCGACACUAUCAGCAUUCGCCAAGAUCCUCCGUCCUUUUCUGCACGAGAAGGCGACUGGCAGCGCCGCGUACUUGUCGACAAAACAAACACAGCACACCAUGCAGCUCAGCAGCUCCCCCUGCGUCCGAUUUACAAGCACGGCGACGCAACUGCACCGCCAGGGUCGUCUACCGGCUAUCCCCAUUCGUAUAUGCGUCUGCCACCCCGACAGACCCGCAGCGAGCGGUACAAGUCGGAGCUCCGAAAUCGUCUCCGGGCCCGUCUGAUUCCCAUUCUCCGGCAGAGAGUGCUCGACAGAGUGAAGGAGCAAGAUCGAAUCAAACAGGACCAGAAGGUUCAGAACGCUCACGAGACGCGAGUCAAGCCCGAGGCGGGCUCUACGCUUGGAAAACGAACUCCUGCCAAACGCACGUCGAAGGCGGGCAAGCGAGCGCAGGCCAUUCGAGGCGGUGGUGCACCUGCCAAACCCCUCACGAUCGCCGAGAUUCGCUCAAGGGCUGCCGCUGCGUCCACGCCCUCUUCAAGCGCGUCUACCGUGGCUGUCAAAAAGAGUCCAUCACCGCCUACUCUCAAAGACGCCGCCAGCGCACCACCUGAAGUCACUGUGGAGAAUCAUGGUACCAAUCUGGUCUCCUCAACAGCAGCAGGUCGCUCACCUCGGGACAAGCCGACAUUGUUGCGAUCGGGUCUACCUGCACCGGCGUCGACUUUUGACUUUCGAAUGACAUCUAACGUCACGUUUCGUCUUCGAGAACUGCGGUCCCAGCUCGACGCAGCGACCCGCGAUCUCGGGUCCAGAGACUUGCGAGCCAUUACCAGCACAUCACAACACACUCUCGAUUUGCCUUCAAGUCAUGGACCGAAUGGGGCGACGAGCUCUGUGACGAAUCAAGGCGAUGGACACGCUGACCACAUCCCACCCUGGGCACGCCGCGCGUUGGACUAUCAAGUUCGGCCCACCGAGCAGGAUAGUAGACUCGGCCCCAAGCUGCAUCAGGUUUCCAACCCUGUCAAGGAUGAGAAGCCGUCAUCGCGUGCGUUGUCGACUCGGAAUGGAAAUUUGACGCCCAAGCAGCAAGGCAAGCAAUCCAGUCCACAUGCUUCUCCAAAAACAACACCCACCUCUCCAUCGCCUAGCACCACCAAAGUGACAAAUGGUCGCCGCAAUCCUGCUCGCAAUUAUGUUGAGCCCUCACAUAAACACGGCGCAGCAUGCAAGCAUGGCCAGACACGCGGUCACGGUCGUCCGCACGGGACAGGCUCUGCUCUGUUCACCGACGAUGAUUGGAUCUGUGUGUUCUGCGAAUACGAACUGUACUAUGGCGAGACCCCGCUCAUGCUGCGUGCCUGUCGCAAUCGCAAAAAGCUGGUCGACAAGAAAAGCCAGGUCACGAGCAAAGCCAAGGCGGUCCUCCAGAAGAAGGCGAACACCAAGGUCGCCGGUUCUGAUUGCCAGCAGGAUCAUGAUCACGAUCAUGGUUCUGAGUACAGUUGCAUGCAUGAUCACGAUCACGAAUGCCACCACGAUCACAACAGUGUGAGUGGAUCAGAGUACUGCGAUCAAGAUCAUCACGACGACCAUCAUCAUCAUCACCACUACCACGACGGGCCCCACCACCACAGACAAGAGCUUGACCGGGGCAAGCAUGGCUUGGAUCGAGACCGUCUUCUACCGCGAACCCGUCAUGCGUCUGGAGCCUAUGACGCCCCUCGUGAACGUUGCGAUUGUGGCAACUCGAUCCAUUCCAGCGAUUUCGAUAACGAAGACAAAUAG